AUGGAAAAACGGGUUCUUAUCGUCGCGGUUCUCGCAGCUCUCCUCUGUCUAGCGAGCUUCGCGCCGCGUGUGGCGGAAGCGGCAAUCGCGCGUCCGACGAAGGAGCAACUGAAGGCGGAGCUUGGGAAGCUGGCGGAGAGCGUGGCGAAGAAACGCCCACGAUACUCGAAUUUCACGAGCACCGUCAACAACUUUUUUGGCCUCGCAAUGAAUUCGAAGUAUGACCUAUCUGCUCUAGCCAACGCCACCAUCCUCAUCCCCAUUAAUACCGAUUCAGAAGCCCUCUUUGAGAAGCUCCCCUUUAAAAGAUCCAACUUCCCCAAGUUCUACCAAAUCGCAGCUUUCCACAUCUUACGCAUAAAACGCUAUAUGCCACAGCUUAAAGUGCUGAAGCCAGGGGAGGCCGUGGGUAAUAUGCUUGUAUCUGACUUGCUGGCGAUACAGAACACUGGCAUACCCCUCUCUACUCCCACUCCCCGGACCCCAGUGGUACAUGCCGUCGAAGCCCCCCUCAUGGACCUCCCUCUUGCAGCCCCCAUCCUGCAGGAACCCUUUCACCCUUCUCCGAUGGAGACCGAUCUGAUCCUCAGACCGUGCGCCUUUGACGCAGAAGUAGUUACCACUCUGGCCUGCCUCACCCCACCCAUCACCGUCAUCAGCCCCACCUAUCACCACGGCAGAUAG